AUGUGUGCUCGACUAAUUAUCAAGCGGAAUCUUCCUUUUAAAUUUGCUGUGUUUGAAGAGCGUGUUCGACUAAUUAUCAAGCGAAAUCUUCCUUUUAAAUUUGCUGAGUUUGAAGAGCUUACAUAUUGGCUUCAGUACCUGAAUCUUUAUUAUAUUCCUAUCACUAGAAAUACCGCCAAGACUGAUAUUGUGAGAAUAUAUAAAAGGGAGAAGGAAAAGAUUAAGAUAGAAGACCAACACUCUUGUAAGAUUUCUUUAACUUAUGAUUUAUGGACACUAAUUAAUAUUGAGGGUUAUAUUACUUUAAAUGCUCAUUAUGUUGAUAAAAAAUGGAAGUUAAAUAGUAAAAUCCUAAACUUUUGUCUCACGCCUCCUCCUCACACCGAUUUUGAGUUGUGUAAAAGAAUAUAUGAAUUUUUGACUAAUUGGGGAAUAGAGAAGAAGGUUUUUACCAUUACUCUGGAUAAUGCUUCUGUAAAUGAUGUCAUGCAGCAAACUUUGAAGAGUCAACUAGCCUUGCAAAAUUGGUUGUUAUGUAAAGGGGAGUUAAAAACUUCACGUCUGUUGUUCUUACAUAUUUUAAAUCUAAUUGUGCAAGAUGGUCUUAAAGUAGAUUCUGGUGCUUUGCUAAAGAUUAGGGAAAGCAUCAAACAUGUGAAAGGUUCAGAGAGUAGGAUGGUAAAUAUUAAGUGA